AUGAGUUCGAACGGAAAAUUGACGUUGUCCGGUGAUCCGAGUUCGAAGAAACAAAGAGGUGUUGGGGCUGACUCCUUUCCCGGAACGAACAAGUCCAUCGGCAAACACGGUGGCUCUUCGGGCCUCUCGAUCGGCGAUCCCUAUUCGAAAAAAUCCAAAGGCGAUGCGUCUGUCUCUUCUCCCGGUCUGAAAAAACCCAUCGGCGCGGCGGGUGAAUCUUCCGGCGUCCCCACCGGCGUAUCUAACUUGAAGAAAGCUAAUGGUCCGAUAGUUGAAAGGGCGAAGUCAGAUUUAUCCUCCGGCGUUAGGGGCAAAGCCGAUGUCUCCUCUGACGUCAGGGGUAAAGCUAUUGUCUCCACCAACGUUGGGGAAGUGAUGUUCUUCAAAGAUGUGAAAUUCGGUCCUCAUGAAGGCGAGGUGAGGUUUCGGUUGAUCCACUUUUGGGAAGCUCGAAAUGUUCUGACGAAGAUUCUUCUCGGUCUCGAGAUGAUUCUCAUCGACGAAGAGGGAACUGUUAUCCAGGGCUUCAUCUCAUCUGCAAGGAUUGAAACCUAUUUGCCACACAUGACAGUGGGUGGCAUUUACAGACUCAACAAUUUUUUCGGGUCUAGACAUAAGACUUUGUACCGAGUAGCUGAGCCAAGUGUCGUUAUCACCUUCUCAUCGACAUCCGCUCUCUCUGUUCUGGAGAACAGUCUGGUAUGUUUCCCUGAUGACCGUUUCCGGUUCCAUGGAUAUGAAGAAUUCAAUGCUGCCUGCGACUUGAAAGGAGAUCUCUAUGAUUAUGUUGGCCACAUCAAGCUUGUGAAUGGGCAGGUUCUCAAUGACAGUCUCGUGCUAGAUGAAUCUGAGAUAGCUUCAACUCGCCGCGUUUUGCUUCAUGUGCAAACACAUGAAGGCCCCGUUAUGAAGCUAUACCUAUGGGACAAAGCUGCUUUCGACUUCAGUGAAAAAUUUAAAGCAUCUGGAGGAACUGCAAAAGUUAUUUUAGUCACCACACUAAACCCGAAAUGUUUUGGAGGUGCCCUAUCUCUAUCUUCCAUGGCCCCAUCACGGGUAUUCAUGGACAGUGAUGUCCAAGCAACCCGAGAUUAUUUCACUUGGUUGGUCUCAAACUCAGAUGUCGCCAACAGAGUUGAUGCAGACGUUGUCACUAAGACUGAAACAGUGACCAUAUGCGAACUCUUUUCUUAUAUGAAGCAAGCAGCUGCCAAGGUUGCUUGGUUUGAGUGCAUAGCGACCGUUGCUGAUGCUGUGCACGGUUCAAGCUGGUAUUACAUAGGCUGCGGUGUGUGUCACACUAAGGCAACCAAAGGGCCUACCACCCUUAUGUGUAAGAAGUGUGGGAAGAGUGAUAUUGUCGGUGUUGCACAGUUUCUAGCCAAGAUCUCUGGGUACGAUAAGAGUGACCAGGCGUUUUUUGCCAAUGAGAGUGUAGGAGAUGAUCACAUAGUUCCAGUGGCUCAAGCUCUGUCUGAUACCAUAGGACAGACUCGCAAGUUCAUUGUGAAAGUAUCAAAUCACAAUUUGACUGGCAAGACCCAAUCUUUGACUGUGACAAAGGUGCUCCUUUCAGACGAUCCAGAACUUGAAGGCGAGUUGGAGGAAGAUUCGAUUAUCCCAGCCGCCCAGAAAACUUUGGAUGAUGGAGGUGCUGAGGAUGAUCCUUCCAUGGACUCUAAGGGCGAAAAGGUGAAAAGAGCUGCUGAAAAUGAUGAAGCAGAUGCUCCUAAACGAGCCAAAUGUGGCUAG